GUUCCUCCUGUUUGGGCUGCCGCUCUUCCACCAGUUCCGCUCCUGCAGAGGAUUGGGAUGGCCCCUGGUGGGCUGAGAACCAGGUCCCAGAGUCGUCAUGGGACAGAGUCAAGAUGACUGGUGAUGGCCCGAGAUGUGGUGGAUGACCUUGGCGCCUUUGACGUCUAACCAGGUUCCGAGCACUCACAGCCCCUGCUUCAGCCGCCUUCCUGGCCACUGGAACAAAUUGUUCUCAUCCUCCCAUCCAGUCCAUCAGCGGAAGUCUUCGCAUGCUUGGGGUAGACGCCCCCCCAAUUCACCCACUGGUUUGGGACCCCUCAGUUACCCUCGACCUGGCUUAGCCCAUCUGCCAAAAUGCUUACCGGGGUGUGACCACGGCACAGGUUACAGCUUCUUGGAGCCACAGGAGCCUGUGACCUUCAAGGACGUGGCUGUGGACUUCACCCAGGAGGAGUGGGGAUGCCUGGGUCCUUCUCAGAAGGAGCUGUACCGGGAGGUCAUGUUGGAGAACUAUAGGAAUCUGUUGUCUCUGGAGGAUUGUUAUGGUGCUUGUAUGUUCAGUCUUCCACAUCCCAGGGCAGCUUCUAGAAGACGGAUGUGUUCCCAGCUUUCUGCCAGGAAGAUGGAUAAAGAACUGUUCUUUCUGUUUGCAUGUUGA